ACCGUCAAAGACUCAACUGAUGUGGUUGUAUUGCGCGAUCGCGUACGGUAUUCCAGCCGUAAUAGUGGCGACAUCUGCCGGCUUGAAAUACGAUGUCUACGGGACAGAUCGGCAUCAUUUGAACUGCUGGAUGGCAAAUGACGAUGGGCUCCUCUACGCGUUUGCCGGUCCUGCACUAUGCGCCGUCACAGUCAAUAUGAUCGUCCUUCUCUACAUCAUAGUCGCUUACUUGCGCUUGCCUCUUGCCGAAAUCACACUGCGCAAAAUACGUGGAUCCGUAAAAGGUGGGCUGGUUCUUGUUCCGAUGAUGGCGGCUGCAUGGACCUUCGGCUUACUCUCAUUCAGAUACGAUUCAGUCCUGUAUCUGUACAUUUUCGUCAUACUGACGCAUUUCAGGGCGUGGGCGUCUUUGUGUUUAAUAUACUGCUAAACAACGAGCUGAUGGAUGAACUUGGUCGAAUCUCAUCCGGUGAAACUCGGAAUGCAACCACGGAUGAAGGCUUGCCGAUAGAGUAUAGACUCGCUGAUAAGGAGGAGUAAGGAAUGGAUGGAAGGAAAGAGGUUGGUGUGUUUAUCAACUGAUUGGUGAGGGUGAAGGUGAUCCUAAGCCGUUGCCGUAAAAAAAAACACAAUAUACGAUGAAGAAUAUAAUAUCUAAAUAAGAUAAUUACACAUAAGUAUAAGUACUUAACACAUUAGAAGAUUCCAAUACGAUGUUUACUGAUAUCAAGCUGAUAUAUUUCUCUGCAUAAUAUAAUGUAGGUGUGAAUAGGUAAGACAUUAUAAAUUUAUAUAUCGCAGGAGAACUUAUCAUAUCUUAUGGAGGCGAGAUGCAAAGUUUUCAUGCUGAUAUAGUGUAUACAUACACAGCUGUUUACCUUACUAGCUUUACCACGCGUAUGCAAAUAGAUUCAUUAAAGUUAAAAUGUAAUUAAAAAACUCAAAUUCAUAAUUACCUGUUAUAUCUGUGUGGGUUUCACCGUGCCGUGGACAUUACGCGAAUAUAAGCGUAAAAUGCAUUUCACAUUCAUCACUGCUGCCACAAUUGAUCACGUAGAUUUAUUUUACAAGACAAGAUAAGUAAUGAUGAGCUACGCAAGGAUUCGGUUACUCUGUUUUGAAACAUUA